ACUGUGAUGCGAGCCGGACAUAGUGUAGAGCUACUGCUGUGCUGGAUGUAUAGUAGAGCUGCUGCUGCUGUGCCGCCUGUGAAAUACCUCAGUCUGCAUGGUGCUGAGGAGCAGGGGUCACUGCUAGACACUGAGCAGAGGAGGACCAGGAAGGGAGAGCGAGAGAAGAGAGAGAGCGAGAGGAGAGAGUGGCUCACAAACACACACACAAAGAGAAAGAGAGAGAGAGAGAAAGAGAGAGAGCGAGAGAGAGCAUAAAGUGAGAGAGUUAACAUAGAUAGAAGCAGGGAAGAGAGGGGAGGCUAAGAGCUGAACUGUUCUGCUGAGAACAUACAUCUUGUUGAAGUUUUGAGUCAGUACUUGGAGCAUCAGGACAGGAUGGCUCUCCUGUGUCUUUAUAGUCUGCUGCUGCUCAUGGCUCCUGUUCAUGGCCAGUGGUGGAGUGCUUUCCUGGGGAAAUCACAGGAGAUGACCACACAGCCCCUCACCACCGUCCCCACAACCACCCAGGUAUUGUGGACCACAGAAGGGACAGAGGUGGGCCAGGUGGGGACUCAGACGGAGGUCUUCACCACUGCACCUGUUCAGAGUACCCCGCUACAGAGCAUACAGGAGCCUGCUGGUGAUGGAACCACAGAGAUCAAGCCCAAGGCUAAGAAAAUAUCUCUGAAAAUGUGGAAGAGUCGUGAGCGUGGCUCUACGGGACACCUAGACCUGACCGAGUUGAUCGGAGUGCCACUCCCUCCCUCUGUCUCCUUCAUCACCGGCUAUGAGGGCUUCCCGGCCUACGGCUUCGGGCCUGACGCCAACAUCGGACGUCUCACCAAGACCUUCAUGCCCGAUCCUUUCUUCAGGGACUUUGCCAUCAUUGUCACCAUCAGGCCCAGCAGCAAACAGGGAGGGGUGCUGUUCGCCAUCACUGAUGCCCAGCAGAAGGUGGUGCAGCUGGGGUUGGCACUGACGCCCGUGGAGGACGAGACCCAGAGGAUUCAGCUGUACUACACCGAGGGGGGCGAGGAGUCCUCACAUAGCCAACAGGUGGCGUCCUUCAAGUUGCCUGAUAUGAGGAAUAAGUGGACGCGCUUCACUCUGUCGGUGCAGGACCAGGAGGUACGCCUCUAUAUGGACUGUGAUGACUUCCAAGCAGAGACCUUCCACAGGAGCAGCCGCCAGCUCAGCUUUGAACCCAGCUCGGGCAUCUUCGUGGGCAAUGCUGGAGGAACUGGCCUGGAGAAGUUUGUGGGCUCUAUCCAGCAGCUGGUGAUCAAGCCGGACCCCAGGGCUGCAGAGGAGCAGUGUGAAGAGGAUGAUCCCUAUGCUUCUGGGGAUGGGAGUGGGGAUGACACGUUGCAUGACCGUGAAACAGAUGACAAGUUGAUGAACACGGAACGAAAAAAGGAAACAGCACGGCCAGAGGACAUGCUAAGCGUGCCAGUGCGAGCUCCACCCACAGAGUCUCCAGAGUUGGAGCUAGAUGAGUACACUGUUCACCUGACCCCCACAAACCAAGCCCAUCAGGAGAUGCUGCUCGAAGUAUCCCACCAAACAGAGGAGCCAGGGGAGAGGUCAGGGGAUGGCAGGCCUCUUAGCUACGGACAGAAAGGAGAGCAAGGAGAGCCUGGGCCUAUGGGUCCUGCUGGCCCCCGUGGCCCCCCUGGCCCUUCCACUCCCUCUGAGGAUAGGUCUGGACACGGCCAGCCAGGACCAAGGGGCCCUCAGGGGCCUUCAGGGGCCCCUGGGGUGCCAGGGAAGGACGGACAGCCUGGAAGAAAGGGUGAAGAUGGAGACCCAGGACAAAGAGGACCUCAUGGAUUCCCAGGGUUGGCAGGAGAGGUUGGAGUCAAAGGAGAUAAGGGGGACACAGGAGUAGGCUUACCGGGGCCUCCAGGCCCUCCCGGACCACUCAAAUCUCACAGUGUACCGUAUGGAGAGGAUGCACUCGGCUCUGGCUUUGGGGACCUUGACGAUACAGAAUUUAUCAGAGGUUCCCCUGGUCCUCCCGGCCCUCCAGGUCAACCUGGCCCGCCUGGUCCCACCCGUUUCUUUGAAGCCUCCGAGGGCUUAUUCCCUGGACAACCAGGUUCUCCAGGGCCACCUGGCAGAGACGGCCUUGUUGGGAAACAUGGACCACCGGGUCCUACUGGUCUGGAUGGGGAUGCUGGAGUGACAGGGCCUACAGGUCUGAAGGGUGAACAAGGACUAGCUGGACCAAACGGACCAAUGGGUGUAUCAGGUGACCCAGGGCUGACAGGAGCUACAGGACCGAGGGGACUAGAGGGGAAGACAGGCGACCCUGGACCGAGGGGGCUGCCUGGCCCCCCCGGACCCCCAGGAGGAAGAUUUUUUGUCGAGGAUGUAGAGGGGUCUGGGAAGAAUGACAUGGUCCUUGGCACAGAACUCAAAGGCCCUCAGGGACCUCCUGGUCUCCCUGGCCCUGCAGGACCAAAGGGUGAAGAUGGGAAGGAUGGGGCUUCUGGGUUGUCAGUGAAGGGUGAGCCUGGUGCUUCUGGACCUGAGGGACUCCAAGGGCUAGCUGGGUUACCAGGCGCCAGGGGAUUGAAAGGAGACAAAGGUGAUCCAGGACCAAAGGGGGAGUGUGGUCCUGAUGGACACAAUGUACCUGGUCCUCCUGGUCCUCCUGGCCCUCCAGGACCAAUUAUCAAUCUGCAGGAUCUCCUCCUGAACAAUACAGAGAGCAUGUUUAACAUCACUGAGAUACGUGGGCCCCCUGGCCCAAUGGGCCCUGAAGGCGAGCCUGGCAGAGCAGGAUUCCCUGGCCCAAGAGGACCAAAGGGUGACAGUGGGCUUCCUGGUUUUCAAGGUCCACCAGGAAUGAAGGGUGCGAAAGGGGAAGCUGGUGUCACUAUCGCUGCCGAUGGAACUGUGAUGACAAGUGUCAGGGGGCCUCGGGGACCAAAAGGAAUCAAGGGUGAGCGUGGCUUCCCUGGAGCUUAUGGUGUCAUGGGACCAAUUGGACCAACUGGACAAAAGGGAGAAUACGGGUUCCCUGGUCGACCGGGGCGACCUGGAAUGGCAGGGAAGAAGGGAGACCAGGGAGAUGCCAUUGGUCAACCAGGACUUCCUGGUCCUCCUGGCCCUCCCGGACCCCCAGGACCAGUAACAGGGCUCAACGGAACAGUUUUUCCGGUCCGUCCCAGACCGUUCUGCAAAACACCAGUUAAUGGCAGCAAAGGGUCGUCACAAGGUGGCAGGAGAAACGGAGGUGCUAAAGGGGAAAAGGGAGAGGUUGGACUUCCUGGAAUGCCUGGAGAACCAGAUGAUAUUCUACCAGAAGGCGUUGUAUUUGUUCCUCAGGGAGAAAAAGGAGACAUGGGCUAUGAAGGAAUGAAAGGAGACCAGGGUGAACCUGGGUUGCCUGGCCCUCCAGGUCUUCCUGGGAGAUCAGGCCUUGUGGGGCCAAAAGGUGAGUCCGUCAUUGGCACCGUUGGUCAUCCUGGAGCUCCUGGUGAACCAGGGGUUCUUGGCAUUGGACGACCAGGCUCUCGGGGGCCCCCUGGCCCUGCCGGACCCCCUGGACCACCCCCUGUCUAUGGUUCAGCUGUGAGUAUUCCAGGCCCACCUGGGCCUCCCGGUCCUCCUGGGAUUACUGGCUAUGAAAACCCGGUGUCCACAUACAGGAACACCAACAGUUUGAUGAGGGAGAGCCACCGUGCUGCAGAGGGCUCGAUGGCAUAUGUCUCAGACAAGGGAGAACUCUACGUUAGAACUAGAGAUGGCUGGCGCAAGGUUCAGCUUGGUGAGCUCAUCCUCGUCCCAGCAGAGAGCCCAUCCUCUGCAGUGUCCCAGGCCCUGAGCAGACCAGGAGAUCGCACCAGACCCCACAGGCCACACAGCCAGGAACUAGUUGGAACUAGCUACGUGCCCAACUAUAAUGUCCUACCUCAUACAGUACACUCAGUACCAGCGCUGCACCUGGUGGCCCUGAAUGCUCCGUUCUCUGGGGACAUGCGUGGCAUCCGGGGAGCAGACUUCCAGUGCUACCAGCAGGCCCGAGCCAUGGGUCUCACUGCCACCUACAGAGCCUUCUUGUCCUCACACCUCCAGGACCUGGCCACCAUCGUCAAGAAGGGAGACCGCUACAACAUGCCCGUCAUCAACCUCAAGGGAGAGGUGAUCUAUAGCAGCUGGAUGAACAUCUUCUCUGGGAACGGAGGAGUGUUUGACCCAUCCAUCCCCAUCUACUCCUUUGAAGGACGGAACGUCAUGACGGACCCUACUUGGCCUCAGAAGCUGGUGUGGCAUGGCUCCAGUACGGUGGGCAUCCGUAUGACCACUAACUACUGUGAGGCGUGGCGGGCGGGUGACAUGGCGGUGACGGGCCAGGCUUCGCUCCUCCAGACAGGCAGACUUCUGGGCCAACACACCCGCAGCUGCUCCAACCAUUUCAUAGUGCUGUGUAUCGAGAACAGCUACAUUGACCACAGGAGGUCUAAUUAACCUCAACACACAUACAUCUAGUAUACACUCUCUCACAAACACACACACACAUACGUCUCCUAUUAACAUAGAGCAGCUAUGUGCUGGACAACAUGAGGAGCUAUCACACACCGCAGCACUCACCUCUCUACCACAAAAAGACAGAGCAGCUUCAUACUGACCACAGAUGAAACUCCCUCUGUUCAUUCACCUCUCAAUAUUAAACUCCCAUCAACACAGCAUCACUACAUUGCACUGGUCACUAAUGUAUGUUUACUGUUUCUUUAAGAAAGGUGUAAAUAUAAUGUAAAUUACUUCCUGUCAAAAGCACUGCAUCACUCCAAUUCAUUGUGUUUCAAUUUGACUGAAGGAAUGCCAAAGAACUGGUGAUCAGCAACCAACCGACUAACCCACAUUGUUUCUGCAGGAGUAGCCUUUAACACGGUUUAUUUUUGUUGGUUUGCUCAUUCGAGUCUUAUUCUUAAGUGCCUAGUAGAGUAGUUUGCAUAGAGACAGCAACCAUUCUAACCUUUUGUGGUUUACUGUAUCAGACCCCAAAACAAACAAUAUGAUGAAAUUAGGACGACUGGUCUUUUCUGUUUUCCGUUAUAAAAAAUAAUAAUGAAAUGCCAGGAUCUAUUCAGACAAGGGAACCAUGUGUUGCUCCCACAAGCCUUGAAGUCAUUUAGAUGCACUGAGUUUAUUUGAAUAGUUUGGGGUUUCCAUAUCCAUGAAGGCUUUUUGUCUGUGAAAAUGUAAGGGUUUUUCUGUUGCGAGCAACUUUGUCUUAGUAUUUAAGUUGAAUUCUAUGUUUCGUAUUUUAUUUAUACUGUAACAGCACAUAAUCUUAAAAUGUGGCAGCACAUAGUUUCACUUUGAAAAUUAAUUGAACAAUGUGUGUGUGUGUGUAUAUAUAUAUGUAUGUAUGUAUGUAUAUAUAUGUAUAUAUAUAUAUAUAUAUAUAUAUAUAUGCUGUUGUUCAAUCUGCCUGCGCUAAUCACCAUGAAAUAGUUGUUUUUGUACGGUAUUCCACUAAUUGACUUACUGUAGAUGUACUUUCAACAAAUCUAUGAUUGAGAACUAGAUAUUUGAAUGGCUGUUACAGUGAUUCAGAGAAACUAUGUACUCAUUGACUGGUGCUCAGUGAAUAAAUGUUUUUUUUUUUUUUUAA